GGCGGGAAAAACAAACCGAUCGAGAACGGGACGCCCAAAGCGCAAUCAAUCGGCGCGCUCCACGAGCUCUUGGCCGACCCUGCGCGGAUCAUGCAGCGUGACGGUCGGCAGUGCCAUGCUCAGCAGGAUCCGGAGGAAGCCGUGAGCAAGCUGUGGCCGGUGCUGGAGCUCAGCGUCGGCACGUCCGCGACAGGCGAGCUUGCACUCGCCGCGAUGCCACUCUUUCCCGCGGUUGCCCUUCGCAACGUCGACCUGACACGAAACGAACUGGGUUACGACCUCUUCCAGUGGCUGUACCUCAUGCGUCACAAGAUCACAGACUCUCGCUUUGAAGGCAGCCACGACAUCCCGCGCAUCGGCUCCGUCUCGACGCAAUGCACCAACCUUCAGAGCGUCGACGUGCUCCCGGUUGUCGCGCGCUGGCUCACGUCGGGCUACGCCUGUCAGAUGCAAAACGUGCAAAAUGCAUUCGCGGAGCACGAGACGGACCUGGCCAUGGACCAUCGCGUGGCCGCACGCAAGGCUCUCCAUCGUAGCCAGUUCGUCGAGCGAGGUGCUGUCAAGCAGCACGAUCGAGAUGCCACGGCACGACGCGAGUGCUUGACCGAGGACGAGGAUAUGGGUCUUGUUUGGCAGUAGGAACGGAUCGAUGUAGAUGUCACACCAACGCGGCUCGUCGU